AUGCAACGUGUUGUCCACGAUGAUCUGGGUAUGAAGAGCCUUGUCAAGUCAAAAAGACAACUUCUGAGUGAGGCAACUAGAGCCAAAAGACGCAAAAGAUCAAAAGAGUUACUAAAUUGGUUCAAAGACCACAAAGAUGUCCCUAUCGUUUACAGUGAUGAAAAAAAUUUCACAGUUGAACCAGAACCCAACAGAUACAAUGACAGAGUUCUUGGUAAGUCCAGAAGAACAGUUCCUUUGGAACUGAGGACUAUUCCAAAGAGACAGCACCCUGUGGGCGUCAUGGUUUGGGCAGGUGUGUGCUCUGAUGGGUCAAAAACUCCCCUUGUUUUUGUUCCUGAAGGUGUAAAAGUCAACCAGGUGACCUAUGUCGACUUCAUCAAAGCUAACCUCAUUCCUUGGGCCAAAAAGAAGUUUGGGGACGAUCCAUGGGCCUUUAUGCAGGAUAGUACACCAGCACACAGUGCAAAUAAAACUGUAAGCUUCUUGAAAGAAAAUGUUCCGCACCUUUGGACCCCAGAUAUGUGGCCCCCUUCAAGCCCAGACAUUAUUCCUAUGGAUUUUGCUAUAUAA